GUAAACAAAACAAAAAUACGUUUACGAUCUUCUCACACAACAUUCCAGAUUUCAGUUUCGGUUUCAAUAGGAAUUACCACUGAUUAGCACAAAUGAGUCGGACAUUUUCAUCCCGUCCCUCAGUUCAGACCAGAGGUCGAGGUGGUCACUCUACACGGUCCAGAGGUAGAUCAAGAGAAGGAAAUAUCUUAGGCUCGUCUUCCGAGGCCACUCCAUCAGGAGCUGAAGUUCCCAAAGAAGGAAUUCGAGGAAACCCCAACUAUGGACCAGAAAGACGUGAUUCCGAGACAAACAACCACCAACCGGAAGAUCCACAAAGAGGACAAUAUGCUGGUGGCUUCACAAUGUUUGCUCCAAAUGAAAGGAAGAGACAGGAGGUGGCUCAGAUGGCUCAGAGAGAGACAGCAAAUUAUGAGCAGUACAAGCAGCAGAAUACUGGGAAAGUUUACCGUCAUGUGGGCACUGUAGGUGGUGGUGAAUUGACAGAGGACCAGGUGCGGAACAGACAGGCCAACGCAGUGAGAGCACAGAAAUAUAACAGACAGGUGAAACAGGCAGGAUACAGGGAGGCGGCAAAGAGAGCUGAAGAAGAACAGAUUGAGGCGAAAAGGGCUGAGGCAAGAAGAAAAUCGGAGCAAAACCUUAUGCGUCAAGGAAAAGCUCCUGCAGCAGAUGAAGUGAGACGAAAGCGAGAGGCAUUUCUACAGCAGCUUGAAAGUUCAAAUGCUUCGACGGAACAGCCACCCCAACCGCGUUUGAGAGAAGCAGAGCCCAAAAGACAGCCUCCCCCACAAAAUGUCAAGCCACAAGUCAAGGCAGCUCCUGCUGGCACCGUGUACAGCUCUAGGGCAGUCAGAACCGCUGCACGGGCUACUGCCACUCAGCAGCAGGUAACUCGUCGUUCUCCGACAACCCGCAACUCACCGCCUCAGUUCAGGGACAGCGUGGGCUGCGACACGCCUGUGAAACCAAAGAUGCAUAUUGAUGAACUUAGAUCAGACCAUGCUGACCUUCAGAUGGUGUCAGCGAUGUUCCCCCAUGUUGAGCAAGGUUAUUUGAAUGACCUUCUCUACCAGAUGGGAUCAGCAGAUGCUGUGAUAGACAUGUUGGCGGCAACAGACUGAUGGUAACGUUUCUAUUCCGUUACCUUGACUUAAUACUGCAAAUACUUAUGUUUGAUACAAGUUUGUUAAAAUUUGUUAUACAAAUGAUGUCACAAUGUACAGAAAUCUUAUUGAAUUCUAUCAUGAGCAUAUUACUUGUAAAGCAAACUGGAUUUGUGAGACGUCAUCGUACUAAAGUGUUAGUAUUUUGAUGUCUUCCUUGUUUUGGGGACUUUGAGAACAAGUUUUGGGGUUUUGGUUGGGUUUUUUUGGCCGCUCUCAAUUUCAAGCUACCCUGAUGUGAAUUUUCAUUAGAUCGUGAUUGAUAUAUUUUGUACCUAUUUUCCAGGAAACUGGCAUUUUCUCUAAGAGAGAGAAAAGGGCAUUCUUCUCAACAUCACCAUUUCCUGCGGUCGGUGGUUAGAGUAUGCCAUGUCGGCCUUCUCCUGAAAUAAGAUCAUUUUGGAGCCUCAAGUAAAUGAUUUAUUAAACAUUACAGGGUCAAGUUGCCUAUAGACUUUGGGUGUACUGAAGCUGGUUGAGGAUAUUUUUUUUUCUUAUUUCAGGGAGUCUGUGGUUUCAAUAUUCCACAAUCACUCAGUUGCUGAGGUAAUAAAGAAAAAACAAACACAUGCAUUUCUAGAUUGUUCAUGUUGUGUUCAGUGUCAGUGACUUUGAUCAGAGUUUCUCCAAUGAUAUUUUCUUCCAUGAGUUCUGGAAAUACCUGUGACAGAUAUGUAGCCUAUAUUAAUUAUACUGAGGGUUGUAGUAGACUUGAUGAAAUAUCUAAUUCCCCAGAGCAAUGUUAACCCAACGGACCUGAGUACACACCUGAGCAUGCGAUAUCUGUACAUUUCUGGGCGCUGACUGCCUGUCUGUGUGUGGUGGUACUAGUACAAAUCUAUCAGUCAACAUGAGGAAACUCAGGGGUAUUUUGUCCAAAUUACCUAGGGGACAGGGCUCACACAACAGCAUAUAUUUGCACAGUAUUUUUUUUCACUGCAUGCUCUACUCUUUUUUCACAUUUUGCUCAUUUCUUUUUUUCACAAAUGUUUUGAAUUAGCGAUCUGAGUCGCCUAGUAUCACAUUUUCCUAUGCAGUUGCUUUUAACAUUUCAAGACUGACAUGAAUUUGCAAAUUUCUUUUAAAAUUGCAAAAAUCACAAAUUAAAUGUGUUCCCCCCCACCCCCCCCCCAAAAAAAAAGGUUUACAGUAAAUUCUUUGAAUCGGAAUAUAUGAAUACUUGCUGUGGAAAGAUGUUCAUUUGAAUGUCUGUGAUAUUGAGUGGUUGUUUGAGUUGAAAACAGCCUGUUUGUCAAUGAGGUUGAAAAACAGUGUGAUAUUCUUUUUGGUGUAUCAUUCCUGCAUAUUUCUUACCCUACCUUCUUCCUCACACAUAGAUCUACCACAAAGGGAAGUGCUAAGUCUUCAGAUAGAUUUUUUUGAGUCUAGACAGUAAGACAUGGAACACUCAUCGUGAAUAUGUAUGAUGUAAAUUAGCAGCUACUUUUUUUUGACAGAGGGUCAAGGAUUCAUCGUUUGUUAUGAUGAUCUGUUUAUAUCUAGUAUGACAGUAAAAAUGUAUUACCUGUCUAGUGCUUGUAUGACAUUUAAUUUAAGUUGAUUAACAUUUUGUCUCAUUGUAGAAAACUGUACCAAUGCCAUUGAAAAUUCUUUUAAAUUUUUAUUUUAAAUGUGGCCUAUUGACUUUUUCUCAUUUUAUUCAUCUUUUUUAAAACUUUUUGUCUAGUCCUCUUUCAUUUUCUUGUAGAAAUAUUUUUUUCAAAGAUAAUGUUCUGAAAUGGUGCAAAGUUAUUAGGUUUAUUGAUGAGGUAUUUGUUUUCCCAUCUUCAUUUCUUGCUGUUUCAUUUGAAAAGCUUGAGAGAAAAGUCAAGGUAAUGUGAAGGGGUAGAUUUCUUUAUUGCCCUAUUAGCAGGUUUUUUUCAUGUACAUGACAAGGUAAAAAAAAAUCUUAUAUUUUCUGAUAUAUUGACCUUGAUCAAGGAUGCAUACAUGAUUAAUAGACCAUGAUUCGUGUGAUUUGCAAGAAUUAGAAUUUGGAAAAGGUAGUUGGUGCUGUAAUACAAAGAAUAAAUGAUAAUGCAUCAAUAAA